AUGGGUACCAGGCGCAGAUCUCCUCUAUGCAAGGCUGGUACUCGUCGAGCACCGAGAACUUCCCAUUCUCGCUCUCACCCUAUGGCUCUUCGUAGACCAGUAUCCGCGCAAAUGAGCCCUGCUUCCGUCGCACCAACCUCCUUUGAUACUCCUUUGAUGUCAAGCCCCAAUGCUGGCGAUAGCGGCUCUCCUUCGAGAAAUCGACUAGAAAGCGUAUUCGAGACACAGACGCUAAAGUACAUGGAGGAAUCGAAUGAUAUCCUACAGACACGAUCACAAACUCUUCUUCUUCUCAACCAGAAGCUGGCGUCAUUGAAUAACGAAAAAGAGCGGCUUAAUACUGAGAUGGAGCAAGAGAUAGCUACCCGCGCAUCAGAGUACCAAUGCCCUCUUUGUCUUGGAUUAGCCUGGAAUCCACAUGUUCUUGUCUGUGGUCAUUCCUUUUGUUCUAAGUGUCUCGGCCAACAUAAAGCUGAGCAUGAUCGGAAACGUACCGCAAACGCAAUUGGAACAGAUCUAGAUCCCGUUAUUCGUUGCCCAACUUGUCGCAGCCUCAUCCUUCGCAAGCCUCAGUUCUCUCACACUAUCCAGAGUGGCGUUGAAAGUGUUGCGAAGUACUUACAUGAAGAUGCACCAUCUGCACAUCGGCUUGAAUGGUCUUACUAG